CCUGCUCCUGCAGAUGGGUAAAUCCGAUCGACAAAGAAGCCGUAAGAUACAGGCAUGGCUCGCGACCUUUAGACGAGUAGAAGGAUGCGCCCACCCUUCUCCGAGACGGCGAAAAACGACCGGCGAUGGCUGGUACGCGCGCGGCGUGGGGUCCCGCCGAUCUCCCUCCCACCUUCCUUGACCAAGCGAGUGCGCUUCGGCAGCUAAAGGCGCCGGGGGAUUAGACUGGUUCACCAUUAGUUUAGUGUCCAUGUCAAAAAGGCCAGCGCCUUUUCACUAGCUUCUCUUCUGGAAAUUCAUUUGUUUAUCCAGUAGCAGCCUAAUUAGCAGACGCCACAUGUUUCACUAAGCAUCGUGCUGAUUGAAAUGGUGCUGUCACCUAUCUACUUAAUUAUUUCACUGGUUAGUUAGCUCUUCAGUUAAAUUCUAGUGGUGGGUCCACAGUUUGGCUCUUCUUUUGGAUUUUGAUCCCACUGAUUGGCUAUUGUUGUCUUGGCUCGUCGUUGUUGCUUUCACUUUCAGUACCCUAUCCCUGCGUAUGACCACUGAUCAGUAAUUCAGUAUAGUUAGUUUUAGUUCAGUACCCCAUGUGUAUGUGCCAGGAAUUCUUUUUUCAGAGUUCUUUAUGUGCCGUUCAGAAACUGAUCAGUACAUAACCAGCAACUGUGUUAUUUUCACCUUUUGUUAACAUUUUGAGCCAUGUGCUCUUACAUCUCUUGUAGCUAGCUGGAAAAGCGAGCUUGCAUGAUGGAGGACUCUUCAACUAGGAGCCAUGUUUCUGAGGGGAAUCGGCUGGGCUAUGUAAGAAGUGAAUCCAUGGAUUCCGCUGGCCAUCCUUCGGCUGCUAGGUCAGGCUCACUGCUAAGCAGGAGAAGUAGCAGGCCCAGUUCAAGGGGAUCCAUCAGCCUCUCUCGUGAGAUGGGCGACUCGAUCCUGAACUCAAUGAGGCAUUCCCUUCAGUCAGCAGACCAGUUGCUAGGUGAUGCUGAUAGCUCGGCUUUGGCUCAGGUCAUUGACAGUGGUGACCGAGUGCUAGCCUUGGAAGAUGAGGCCGAUGAAGAUAUGGCAAAUACAUUGGAUCAACAUAAGUUCGGUCCUGUCCGAGAUAAUCGAAUCCAUGGCUACAGCUCACAUGUCACAGGUCUGCCAGCACCUGAGUCUUCUCUGGAGCCAAAGGGCGAGAGCUCAUCAGGCAAGGUUGAACAAUAUGUGCUUUCUCGGAGGCUAGAUUAUGCUUCUUACCUGAUCCAUUUAGCUGCCUUUGGAUUAUUUGGGGUAUUUACAAGGUAUGGGCUCCAAAAGCUGUUCGGCCCAGGCUGCCUGGCACUCACCUCCAACCAAAGCCCGUUGUACCUUGAUCUUCCAUCAAACAUGCUAGGAUCCUUCCUGAUGGCCUGGUUUGGGAUCAUCUUUAAGACAGACAUUCGGCACAUAUCUGAACAUCUCAUUGUUGGAAUCACAACCGGAUACAUGGGAAGCCUUACCACCUUCAGUGGGUGGAAUCAAGCGAUGGUUAGCAUGUCUUCCAAAGACCAUUGGGCAUAUGCCAUAGCUGGCAUAGUAUUAGGAAUGUUCAUCGUCAAUGAGUCCAUCAGGGUGGGCGCCGAAACAGGUGAGCGCCUACGAAGCUGGAUCCUGAAAUGCAUCAAGGAAAAUAGUUCAAUAGGAAGCACAUGUAACUGGGAGCACCUGAAAGUCAACACUAGGACUAAACAUUUUGUGCUUAUAGCAGUUAUGAUGAUUUUGCUUUCUUUUGUGUGGGUUCUGAGCAUCGUGUUGGCCAUAAUAAAGGUGCGCAAUCUUGAUGAUGGCGCUGUACUAUGGUUGGGGUGCUCGGUUGCGCCUCCGGGCGUUUGGUUACGCUGGUACUUGGCAAGGCUCAAUGGCCAGGGAAUCGGCAAACAGAGAUCCCUCAAAUGGCUGCCCAUUGGGACACUUGUAGCCAAUGUUCUUGCUGCAGGUAUCAUGGCAUCACUGGCUGUGACCGCCAAAGCGGUGAAUACAAAGCAUUCGACAACUGUUCUUAAUGGCAUACAGUUUGGUUUCCUCGGCUGCUUGAGCACAGUGUCUACUUUUGCUGCUGAAAUCUACGCUAUGCGAAGCAGCGGACAGGUUGGUAGAGCCUUUGUCUAUGCUGCAGCGACCUUCGUGCUCUCUUUCGUGCUGGGAACUCUGGUAUACUCUGUGCCAGUAUGGGUCAAGCAUUACCAAUAGCUUCAUGAAGUAUUGCAGACUUGAAGGCUUUGGCGUCAUUUUGCUGGUUGCAACAUCCAAGCAGAUAGCGCAAUUCUCAGCAUACAUAGUUAGACUUUUCUAGGGAAUUUUAUCUGCUUCUUUAAGAUAUUUGAUGUAUGUUGUUGAACAUGAUGGCGUUCUGCAGCAGAAACAUGUUUGUACACAACAUCUGCCAUUGUAAUCCUGUGAACAACAACAUCCAUAUUUAUGGAGUAUGUAUAUGAAAUGUUACAGUUUAUAUCUUA